AUUGCACAGUUGGGACUGAGGCGUGUGGGCAGUAUCCUCAUUGAGAGUGGGGACUGUUUGGGGGGAAACUGAUUGCUCGCCUGUCCUGCAUCCCACAGCUCGCUCGGAUUUUCUUCUGGGAGACCAACAGCAUUCUGAAACUCCGGGAUCAAAGAACACAGCCAAGAUUUCCUCAGUGGUUUGCCCAAGUGACGGAGGAUGAGGAGCAUCCUUUGUGCUGUCCGUCACUGUUUGGCCCUGGUGUUUCUCUACUGCACCUUGGAGCUCCACUGUUUGGCCGAGGUCAAAGGGCAGCAGGUUCCCAGGAUUCAGCUCCGAUUGGCUGGGAGGAGGAAGAAGGCCAACGAGGGGCGGGUUGAGGUCUACUAUGACGGCGAGUGGGGCACUGUGUGCGAUGACGAUUUCUCCAUAUCCACGGCCACUGUCAUCUGUAAGGAACUGGGCUUUUUCCACGCAGAGAACUGGGUCCCCAAAGCCAAGUAUGGCAGAGGCAAAGGUAGGAUCUGGAUCGAUAAUGUCCGAUGCACUGGCAGCGAGAAGACUCUGGCAGCUUGUGAUUUCAAUGGCUGGGGCAUCACCAAUUGCAAACACACAGAAGAUGUUGGAGUAGUGUGCAGUGAGCAGAGAGUACCUGGCUUCAAGUUCUUCAACACUCUCCUCAACGAUAUUGAGGACGAGCAGUUACGAGUGCAAGAUGUUCGCAUCAAGGGAGUCUUUGGCUCAUCCAGGAAGCGGCUGCCUGUCACAGAGGGUUAUGUCCAGGUGCAGCAGGACGGAGAGUGGAAACAGAUCUGUGACGUGGACUGGACAGCCAUGAACAGCAGAGUUGUCUGUGGCAUGUUUGGAUUUCCCGCAGAGAAAGGCUACAACGCGAGGAUUUACAAGACCUUUGCGAGCAGGAAGAAGCACACCUACUGGCCGUACAGCAUUAACUGCACAGGUACUGAGGCCCAUGUGUCCAGCUGCAGCCUGGACUACUCUGACAGCAGCAGCAACAGCUCGUGUGCCAGCGAGAUGCCUGUGAUUGUCAGCUGUGUGGCUGGACGGCCCUUUGCUGCUCUGAGUACGACGCGGGUUCGCAAAGCCUUCCAGACUGAGAGACCUCUGAUCCGGCUGCGGGGAGGAGCGAAGAUCGGAGAGGGCAGAGUGGAGGUGAUGAAGAAUGGACACUGGGGGACAGUUUGUGAUGACCGCUGGAAUCUGUUGGCAGCCAGUGUCGCCUGUCGAGAGCUGGGAUUCGGCACCGCCAAGGAGGCUCUGACCGGAGCCAGAAUGGGCAAAGGUAUUGGCAUGACCCACAUGAACCAGGUCUCGUGCACAGGCUUUGAGAAUUCCCUCACGGCCUGCCAGUCUAACCAGGAGCAGCUGUGUGGCCAUGAUGAAGAUGCUGCAGUUCGCUGUAACAUCCCUGACAUGGGCUUCAAGCAACAGAUCCGCCUGGUCGGAGGACGUACUCCAUAUGAAGGACGUGUCGAGGUGCUGAUGAAGAGAAACGGCAGGCAGCGAUGGGGCACUGUCUGCAACAGCAACUGGGGUCUGAUGGAAGCAAUGGUGGUGUGCAGGCAGCUGGGCUUGGGAUUUGCCGACCAUGCAGUUCAGGAGACCUGGUUCUGGGGAGGGGACCCAUCAGCUGAUGAAGUGGUGAUGAGUGGUGUGAAAUGUUCAGGCACGGAGAUGUCCCUUUUCCAAUGUCUUCACCAUGGGGAGGAGCUUGAUUGCCCCAAUGGAGGGGGACAGUUUGCUGCUGGUAUCUCGUGCACAGAAGCUGCUUCCGACCUGGUUCUGAACCCGCGGGUGGUUGAAGAGACCACGUACCUGGAGAAUCGGCCUCUGUCCAUGCUGGCCUGUGCUAUGGAAGAGAACUGUCUGUCAAGCUCAGCGGUGGGAUUGCCACCUCUGACCAGCUAUCGCCGGCUGCUGAGAUUCUCCUCCCAAAUCCACAACAACGGGGAGGCCGACUUCAGGCCCAAGGCAGGUCGCCACGCGUGGAUCUGGCAUGAGUGUCACAGGCACUACCACAGCAUGGAGGUGUUCACCACUUACGAUCUCCUGAUGCUGAAUGGAACACGGGUUGCUGAGGGACACAAGGCCAGUUUCUGUCUCGAGGAUACUCAGUGUGACUCAGAGGAUCGUAAGAACUAUCAGUGUGCUAACUUUGGUGAGCAAGGGAUCACAGCAGGUUGCUGGGACACAUAUAGUCAUGACAUUGACUGCCAGUGGAUCGAUGUGAGUGACGUCUGUCCGGGGGACUAUGUGCUCCAGGUUGUCAUCAAUCCGAACUACGAGGUGGUGGAGACGGACUAUUCCAACAAUGUCGUCAAGUGUCGCUGCAAAUACGAUGGACAUCGCAUCUGGGCUUACAACUGUCAUGUUGGUGGCUCUUUCAGCUUGGAGUCCGAAGAGAUCUUUGAACACUUCCCCGGAUUAAUCAGUAACCGUCUGUCGAACUGGUAAGGCCACAAGAGAGAUGACCACUUCAGUAAUACUGACCAAAGACCAAGGGACGCCCGGUGAAGCAUGGACUGAUAGCCAUGCAUGGUUGUCAAUGCAAUAUUGGUGCUACUGUCUCCAGUGUAAGAAUAGUGUGCUGCAGGAAUACAAAUCCAUUCUCUUGUGCUGUCUGGCGUUAGCUCCAUUGCACCCAACUGCUUGGAGCCACUUCACCAAGACUAAAGAUUCACACUUCCACUUCAGUCUGAAGCUAUGUCCUUUUACCUCUCUCCUUUCCUCUCUCUCUCUCUCUCUCUCUCUCGCUCUCGCUCUCGCUCUCUCCCCCUGCCUGUCCAUCUGUGUAUGGCUAUGGCUGCUAGACACAGGCAAAGCCGUUGUCAUUGGUGCUGAGGAGAGAGUGAGAUCCAGCAGAGAGAGACAGAGAGAGAGAGCCACAGUGAAGGAGAGCUGCUGCAGUGCUGCUUAAAAUGUCUGCAGGUUCUUGUCACCUUGAGUCCUCCAAAGGGCAAGGCCAUAUCUCAGUCAGCGGGUAACCAGGGGUGGGGGCUACUGUUCACCUCACUGCUGACCUGAAUGGUGUGCAGAUACCAGCACCUUCUGCAACCAGACGUCUACGGUUCACUUCAAACUGAUUUCUCUCUGUAAGCCGACUCAAUCCCGUCUGCUUUAUAUGUGACAUGGGGUUGCAGCAACGUGUCCUGAGGUUGGAUAUUUACCUGAAUUUUAAAGAAAAACAAACCCUCCGUCAGUAAUAAAGCCAGUUACAGUGA